AGUGAGAGAGAGGAAGUCUGUAUGAUGGGUUUUGACAACAAGCCAAGAAUAGCCUGCUACAAUGUUAGCAAUAAACCCUCUGCCCUGUGGUCCACUAUGUGACUGAUGGUGAAGUCUAUGACACUGGGAGCUGUGUGUUUUCAAUAAACAGAGAUCAUCGAGGACCAUGGCAUACAGUGUCAACAUUUGUCAAAUGGAUUCCGAGUCUGACUUUGAGAACCUGGGAGAAAGUGAACCAGGUCAGGACUCCUUCCAGCUCGUUGCAGAACCAGCAGUCAGCACCCAGAGGUGUCCUCAAACCCUACAAAUGGAUGUUUUUAGGGAAUGCACACGUAUAAAUACAGAACAACUGCCACUUACUGCAAGCGGCCACAUGAGAGACGAGACACUCGACAGGGAGCAGAUGAACUCUCUACAGAGGCAUCGCUGGUCAGCUGCUACCUUAAAGGUCCUUGCCUCAAUGCCCAGUCGCACUGCUGGAAUAAAUAGCGCUGCAGUAAUUCCCCGACAUGCCAGAAACUUGUCUCGGUUACACCAACACCAAACCUGCCAAGAUUCUUCUCAGCCCUCCAGACCAAUGCAGGAAGACUUUGUCCAGGCCAAUAUCGAGGAGGAACUCAGUAAUGAAGAAAACAAGAAGGAGCAGUUGGUGUCCAUCCUCCGAGGCCUCUCAGUGAGCGAGGGCAUGAGCAAGCUGCGAGCCUCGCCGCUCAGCCUGGCAGAUAAGAUGGAAGUCAGGCAACUUGCUUUUAGUGACGUAGCUGAGAGUUCACUCAUCAGAAAUAUCCCAUGCUACAGUCGUCUAAGUAUGUCAGUUUCAAGGACUUGGCAUCACUGCCUGUUUAGCUGCCUACCUGUCCUCACUUCCCUCCAGCUGUGGCAUUCACCCAUAAAGAGACUGAGCGGACGUUUCGGAACCGGGGUACUUUCCUACUUCCUGUUUCUCCGGACCCUCCUGCUCUUUAACCUCCUCCUUUUCGUCAUCAACGGCCUGUUCCUGGUCUUCCCUCAAGCCGUCAACCCUCCUCCCCGUCCUCAUGACUCUGAUCUCAACAAUUUCACUGGCCUUGAGCUUCUCACAGGCACUGGCUACCUCUCUCAGAGUGUGAUGUUUUAUGGCUACUACACCAACACCAUUCUCAAAAACUGUCGAGCUGUUAACUCCACUGCUGCUGAAUCCCCUGAUCUGCCAGUCUGUGAUUCCAACAAGCCCCAGAAAGUGCUGUACAGUAUACCUGCAGCCUAUUUCUUUACCAUCGCCAUCGCCUUCUUCACAAUCUGCAUCAUCCUCGUGUACAGCAUAUCCAAGGCCUUCGGGAGAGGUUUUCAAGUCCUCAAGUCUAAUGGGAAUCUGGCGGUAAAAGUUUUCUGCUCCUGGGACUUUAAAGUUAGCAAGAAGACGUCUGUCAGACUGCAGUCUGAGAAAAUCAGUACUCAGCUCAAAGAACUGCUGUCUGAGAUGUUCCAUGGAGAAAAUAAAAAGAGCUGCAUGCAGCGACUCUGCCGCCUCAUGGUGCAACUGGUGGCAUGGGCUGCAUGUCUGGCAACCAUCUUCCUGAGCGCCAUGGCAGUCCACUACCUGUCAGAGGAUGCCAUUAAAUCAAGUCCUUUGAAAGAAACUGAGCUGCUGCUCUUGGCUGCAGUGGUGUCAGGCAUUAACCUGUUACUCCCGGGCCUCUUCAAUCUGUGUGCUUGGGUCGAGAAUUAUGACUCACCCAGUGUUCUCGUCUAUGUCUCCAUCUUUAGGAACCUGUUGUUGAAAGUCACUAUUGUUGGAGUGCUGUGUUUCCGCUGGCUGGGGAGAAUUGCUGUGGAACCAAAACGUUAUGGUUUACAGUGUUGGGAGACCUUUGUGGGGCAAGAACUGUAUCGCUUGCUCCUGAUGGACUUUAUCUUCACAGUGCUUUACACUUUUUUCGGAGAGUUCCUGUGGAGGCUCUUUACAAAGCAAGUGCUGAAAAGGAACAGGAUGCCAGUGUUUGACAUUGCUCGUAAUGUGCUGGAACUCAUAUAUGGACAAACCCUUACUUGGUUCGGGGUGCUGUUUGCUCCACUGCUUCCUGCAGUCCAGAUCAUAAAACUGUUUGUGCUAUUCUACAUGAAGAAGAGCAGUCUGGUGCUGAACUGUCAGGCAUCGAGGAAGCCCUGGAGGGCCAAUCAGAUGACAACAUUUUUCAUUUCUCUUUUGUGCUUCCCCUCAUUUCUUGGCGCUGCCGUGUCUGUCACUUACACAAUUUGGACGAUUAAACCCUCGUCGGGGUGCGGCCCUUUCAGGAAUCUCACUACAAUGUUUCAGUCCGGGCAGCAGUGGGCCCAGGAGCUGGAGAACGCCCACCCGAUCCUGUCUUGGCUCAGUAGGGCCUACAACUCUCUGUUGGAGAACCCACUGUUCUUAUUCCUCGCCCCUGGAGUCUUUCUAAUGGUGAUAUAUUUUCACACUCAGGUUAUUGAUGGCCAAAGGAGAAUCAUCAGUCGGUUAGAAAAGCAAAUUGAAAAUGAAGGUAAAGAUAAACAGUUCCUCAUCACCAAUUUGCAAGCCAUUCAUGAACGGAGUGGUCUGGUUUCCCCUUAAGGUGGGUAGUCUCAAAACUGUAUAUCCUCUGUGUGGUUGUAACAGUCUUUGUUUGCUCACUUUUUUUUAUGACCUCACUUACAAUCUCAUGUGAACACAACAGUUUUCCUCUUUUUCUCCCCCCAGUCUGUGGCUGAACAAUAUACACACUGAAGCAAUGCAAAGUUAUUAACUUAGCAGUGACAAGCAUCUCGGCAUUGACAGGUGGUUGUCAGCGUCAAAUGGAAUGUCGGCUACAAGCUACAAUGAGAACACAAGUCAAAGCAAAACCAGUAACAGUAAAAGUGUCUUAAUUUCAAAUAUA